AUGGUUACUUUAGAAAUAUAAAUACAAAAUUAAGUGAAUCUGAAAUGUCCUGAUUAAUGUAAUCAAUGUAUUAUUCUUAAUAUUUGUGUCAAUUGCAAGAAUGUAGAUUCCUUAUCUGAUUCCUCAUGUAUUUCUAACACUGUCAUGGAACUUGAUGAUUAAUCAAGUAUUAUAGCCAUUUUUAUUAUUAUCUUAGCAGCUGUAUUCAUUAGUGUUUCAGCUUGCUCUUUCACCUUAAAUUGUUAAUAUAAAAAACUGCUUUAAGAAUCAAGUAGAUCCAACCUGAGAAAUCAGUAAGCGUAUUACCGCAAGAUGCAAUUUCAGUGUUAUCAGACUGAGAUAAAAUGA